GGCUUGUACCUAUAAAAAGCGACUCGAUCGAGGAGCUAUCACUGUCGCAGAGUAACCCAACCGAUCACCUACAAAUGGCUUCCAAAAUCUUAACUUUCGCCGUUUUGAUGGCGACCGCGAUAAACGCUGCGCCUCAGGGAUACCGAUUCACCCCCGCCUACGGAAAUGUCCGCGGUGGUCCGGUUUACGCUCGAUCGGUCGAAGUGGAGCCCGUGGAAAUCGAGGAAAAUUCGAAACCGGAAUACAGUUUCUCCUACGAAGUGCACGACGAACGUACGGGCGACAUUAAGAGUCACGAGGAAACGCGACUCGGAGACGUCGUCGAGGGAAGAUACUCUCUCGUGGAACCGGACGGCACUCGACGUGUCGUCGAAUACAAAGCCGACGACCUGAGCGGAUUCAACGCCGUGGUGCACAAGGAGGGAAGUCCCCGGAUACCUACGGUCACUGACAAGUACCAGACGUCGCCCGUUUCCGCCCCUCAAGAAAAUUUCAAUUACGUUUCAGCGCCCGCAACUGCUCGAGCCGAUUACGACGAGGCUAAUUCUUACGGAUACCGUCACUAGUUGAACCGUUAUUAUUGAUUCUUUCUUUGUUUUAUUGUUAAUAAAGUUUAGUUAUCUUUUA